AUGUCGACCGUCCAGCGGAUGAACCGAAAAUUAUCCGAAGAACGCGAUGCGGAACGCGCCUCUCAGUUGGCCAAGGAAGCCGUCGAACUCUCCAACGCCGGUGACAAAGUGCAAGCGUCGAGAAAGCUGAGGGAAGCCGCUGCAUUGGGUCAUGCCAACCCGGAUGUCCAGGCGGCCUUUUUCGCCAUUCACCAUGAUGACCAGCUCAAUUCGCCCCUUUUGGACCUGGUCAGGAGGUAUGCCCUCUACCACGACAACUCGGCCGGUGAAGAUGCUAUCAAGUAUCUGAAGAGCUCCGAGGCUUCUAAUGCUGCUGCUGUUGCCCUCGAAUGCUUACAAAUCAUCCUCGAAUGCCGCCAGUCCACCAUGUCCGACGCCCAAGAUUUCAUCAUCGCCGAGCUCGCCAAACGGAGUCCCGCAGUUCGAAAGUAUCUGGCCACUGAGCUCCAAAUUUCGACGACCUCCUUCUUUGAGAAUGUUUACGAAAGGGGCGAUGACGCCGCCAAUUGCCUUCGCUCUGUCGUGCUCGAUGUCACAUUAUGGCCAUCCGAGGACGUCCGACUCCGCGUGGAAGAUGAUCUAUUCCAGCUCUUCCUCGCCAAGUUGAUGGAAACUGGCCACGAUCAUGAUGGCCGAGCUCUCAAAGGCAUCGCCCUAUUGUUGAUCGCCGACACGCAGCGACUUCAUACGUUCAUCGACGAGGAUGCAUACGAAGCCCUCAUGGGCUCCCUGGAUUUGAGACUCCCUCCGGAUGUCCGAGGACAGGCGACCCUCGUCCUGUCCAAGUACUUUGAAGUGGCGGAACCCACCGGUCAAGAAUAUCUGUCCAACUAUAUCACAAGCCACGUCCAACGCAAAAAGGGCGACGACCUCGUUUUGGCUUUUUCGGCUGGGGCAAGUCUCUUUCCAGUCAUCCCUGCCGUCGUGGCUCCGCUCUUUUUGGUGGAUGGCUUUCUCUCCUCGCUCAUGCCGCUCCUCGACAGAAGGUUCAGCAGUCCUCUCGUCCAUGACGCCUUCCUCUUUUUGCUCAAUGCUGCUUGCAUCGACAGCGCCUGUCGGACAGCGAUCGCACAGCACUGUGCAUCUUGGCUAGCGGAUAAAGUCAGCAACGGCACCGGCAAACAGCCAUCGGUGGCGGCCACCGUGUUGGCUAAGUUGAGAACUUCGGGAGUCAAGAUCGGGGAUCAGAGAGCCAGCAAGGCCGAUGAUGAUGUUAGUGAACUCGUUGAUCUUUUCAAGAAAUCCCUCACCGUUGUUGAAGAAGGAAAGAACAUUUCUGACUCGAUUGAAGGCCUUGCGUAUACAUCUUUAAAGCCCGAGAUUAAAGAAUCGCUCGCAAAAGAUAGCAAGUUCCUCAAAUCUCUCCUUCAAGUCCUCGACGAAAACCACACUACUCCGGAAGUCGUGGUGGGGGGAUUGAGUAUCAUUUCGAACCUCACACAAUAUGCGCCAACCCUGUCGGAAGAGCAGAAGAAGAUGUCGCAGUUGAAAGCAUAUGCAAAUGCUACGAAACCUGUCGAACCGAACCCUUUGGAGGAUGACGAGCAUGUGCGGGCACGUUGCACAGCGGUGGUCCAGGCGGGAAUCGUGGCCUCACUGAUCAGACUAAACAAGGGCAGGUCUCCGGCUACAGCACAGCUGAGCGAUAAAAUACUCCUGUCGCUAUCCAUGAAUCCAAAAGAUAGGGGGAAAAUUGCUCAGCAGGGAGCCGUCAAACUUUUAGUUUCUCACGCACAGAGAAGUCUACAAUCAUCCGAGAACACUCAAGCCAGCCCCGAUGCCGCCCACGCUCUGGCGCGGAUCUUGAUCUCCUUGAAUCCAGCACACAUCUUCACACCGGGUUCGACGCCUGAUAUCACGGAUGCUGUCCCACCACUAGUGGCGUUGCUGAAGUCCUCGGGCGGAGCAGGCCUUAACGACCAGCCGCGAGAUCUCCUUCCAGUCUUCGAAAGUCUUCUUGCCCUAACCAACCUGGCAUCAGCCCCUACCUCUAACGCAGCUUCUUUCAUCAUAAAAUCUGCCUGGGACGACAUCGAAGAUUUUCUCCUGGGAAACAAUGAGCUCGUCCGCCGUGCAGCUUGCGAAUUGAUAUGUAAUUUGACAGUGGUUCCCACCGGCGCCGAGAAAUUUGCCGACGGUUCGAAGCGUGCAGCACAACGAUUACACAUCCUUGUUGCGAUGGCCGAUGUUGAAGAUUUACCCACAAGGCGCGCUGCGGGUGGGGCCCUAGCCAUGCUCACAGAACAAUACGUUGACAUCAUAACCGCAAUGCUCGAAUUCAAACGAGCGCCAGAGAUUCUUCUAGAGCUAUGCCUCGAUGAAGAUCCGGGCGUGGUGCAUAGAGGCUUAGUCGUGGUCAGAAACAUGUUAUGUUGCGACGAAGCAGAUGUGGAGAACAAGACAUUGGCUCUCAGGGUUAAAGAGGCGUUCAAGAAAGAAGGCGCCGUGGAGAAAUUGAAGACUUCUCUGAAGCAGACCAAGGAUCCGGAACUGCUGAGCAUCGGAGUACAAGCUUUGAAGGUCUUGGUGGACGAUCGAACGAGGUGA